UCUGCUGGACUGAUUGAUGGCGUCACUGAUUGUCACGUGCACGUCUCUAUAGCAUUUCUUGAUAAGCAGAUGAGGUAACUUACUGCUAAUUUGUCUCAUUCAGAAGAUUGUCCUAAACUCGCGCCAUUGGCUGAACCAGACUUUGACAGCAAACACGCUGUGAGUCUUUGUCCUACAAAACAAUACUACAAAACUUCAUUUGGACCAUUUUGAUGGGCUUUGCCGUGGAAAUUGGAGAAAUGUUAGAAAUACAGAUAAUCAAGAUUGAAGAUCCAGGAUGUCUGUGGGCUCGGGUUCUGAAAGGACCAGGCAUUCAGCCGGACAGUCCAGAGGAAUAUGAGAACCUGAGAGUGAAAAUGAACCUCUUCUACCAUGAGGUCGACCUGGACGUCCAGAAACUAAAGCCUGCUGAACUGAAGGAGGGGCUGGUGUGUGUGGUGUUCAGUCUGGCUCUGAAGAGUUGGUGUCGAGCUGUAGUCGAGUCGGUCUUUCAGGGGAUGGUGGAGACUCAGGCUUGGUGCUUGUUAGUAGACCACGGAGAUCGAAUCAUCGUCAGAGCAGAUGAGUAUGAGACGUUUUGCAGUUUAUAUCUGAUAAAGCACAGCUGUAGAAACUCAAUGUAAUAACUAAGCAUAAUGAAAAAAAAGUAAAGUGACGUGGCCAAGUAUGGUGACUCAUA